GCUCAUUUAGAAAUUUUUCGCGAGUGUAGCUUGGCCGAUGGCAAGUAUGCUUUUUCAGCAAUCAGUGCACUCGCACAGCUGAGCCGUGGCAAACGUGUUUCGUUUCAAACAACAGCGGUUUAGUCUACAGAAACAACGAUCACGACCAUUCGAUUAUUGCAAUGCGCUCGCGGUUUGACUUUGUUUGAAUCGAGUUUGAAUCGAGUUUGGCGGAAAAGUAACUGCUCAGUCGGAUUCGCGUGUGCUUAUUUUCUUUAAAGACUUGAAAAACGUGUUGUAUGCAAAGGAAAUAUAUUUUAAACAAGGUCUUAAAUCAAUAUUUGAGUAUAAAGUAUUUAGCUGAAUUAAGGAAAGAAUAUUGUGCUUAAAGUGCUUGCAAAAUGCGUAUGUAUAUGUAUUGGGGGACGUUUUGAAUUAUUAGUGAAAAGAAAUUAACAUUGCGUAAAUUCAGGCUAAUUUGGGAGAGAAAAGAAAUGCAUUUUAAAUGAAUAACUAAGUAAAACUUAAAACUCGCGCAUCAACGUUUGCCAAUUGCUGAAUAUUUUCAGUGCUAAAGCGCCAAUAAAGAUAAGCCACAAAUUCAGUUGAACUAAUACAGGCUAUUGAACUACAAUGGAGGGCGGUUUAAAAAGUGAAAAAUUCAAUGGGCACAAGAUGGAGAUAGCGCACCAUGACCCCACUGAAAUAGUUGAAGCUGAGCCACUCUCUUGGAAAUUUUGGAAGAAACGUCGUUAUGUUGUUGUAUUGUUGGCCUUCUUGGGAUUCUUUAAUGUUUACUCGCUGCGCGUAAAUCUUAGUGUGGCCAUUGUGGCUAUGACGGAAAAUCGCACAGUCAUCGAUGAUGCUGGUAAUGUCUCAUAUGAACAAGAUUUUCCAUGGGACUCCAAGCAAAAAGGUCUCAUAUUGAGCUCAUUCUUCUAUGGUUACAUAACGACACAAUUUAUUGGUGGUUUCAUUGGCGCAAAAAUUGGUGGUAACAUUGUCUUCGGUUUGGGAAUCGGCACAACUGCAUUACUAACACUACUCACGCCAUUGGCGGCUAAACACAGUCUUGAAAUGUUCCUCGCCGUGCGCAUCAUCGAAGGUGUUUUUGAGGGCGUCACAUUCCCGUGCAUACACGCUGUCUGGGCGCGCUGGGCUCCUCCACUUGAGCGCUCGCGCAUGGCUUCCAUUGCUUUUGCCGGCAACUACGCUGGCACUGUUGUAGCGAUGCCUUCAUCGGGUCUAUUGGCCUCGGCUUAUGGUUGGGAGAGUGUCUUCUACGUUUUUGGAACUAUUGGGUUAAUAUGGUUUAUUGUGUGGAUGUUGAUGGUGCGUUCAGGGCCAGAUCGAGAUCGUUAUUGCUCGGACGACGAACGUGAAUAUAUACAGAAGAAGAUUGGAUAUACUGGCAGUAUGACAAUCAAACAUCCAUGGAGAGCGAUAUUUACCUCCAAGCCAUUCUAUGCAAUCGUAGCAUCGCACUUCUCCGAAAAUUGGGGCUUCUAUACGCUGCUAACUCAACUGCCAACGUUUUUAAAGGAUACCCUGAACUUUAACUUGGAUAAAACUGGUUUCAUCUCUGCUGUUCCAUAUCUUGCCAUGGGUAUUCUCCUGGGUGUCUCCGGUUACUUAGCCGACUGGUUGCAGAUAAAAAAAAUACUGACCACAUCACAAGUUCGCCGGUACUUCAAUUGUGGCGCUUUCCUCGCGCAGACCACUUUUAUGAUUUUGACCGCCUACUUGCUGGACCCAACAUGGUCGGUAGUUUGUAUUACUACUGCUGUAGGCUUAGGCGCCUUCGCAUGGUCCGGCUUUGCUGUGAACCACCUUGACAUUGCACCCCAACAUGCCAGCGUUUUGAUGGGCAUCGGCAAUACAUUUGCCACUAUUCCCGGUAUUGUCAGUCCCUUGCUAACUGGAUACCUGGUGACAAACCAAACCGCGGAAGAGUGGAAAGUGGUAUUCUUCAUUUCUGCUGGUGUUUACCUUAUUGGCUGUCUCAUCUAUUGGUUCUGGGCUUCGGGUGAGCUGCAAGAAUGGGCCAAAUUACCGGAACAAAAAGCCAUAGAGGCGGAGCAAAAACAAGGUGCUCUAAUGACAAAUGCCACUGAAAGGGAAGGCUAUGUAAAUGCUGCAGUCGAUCUGAAAGACCAGUAGCAUAAUUAGCCUUCGUUCGGAAUUUCACAAAGUUUAUAUGCACACAGAUAUACACUACAAAUCCAUGCAUAUGCAUAGGUAUAAAUAAGAAUAAAGUUGUGAUACAAAGCGUUAGCAGCAUAGUGACGGAUAUUCAAAAUCCCUUCCCGUAUUUUGCCGUGUUGUUGUAGUUUUAUUUAUAUUUAGUUAAGUACAGUAUUUAAAUGAACAAUUAAAAUAUGAACGGAUUUAAAAAUUA